CUUCCACCAGCCACCCACCACCAACAGAGCGGUGCAGAUCGCACUGACGGCUGCGGUUGACUGGCGCAGCUGGCAAUGCCAGCCACCUCCCGACCCAGCAGCAGCAGUAAACGUCGCAUCAGCAAUCCCAACCGCCCACCCCAGCAUUGCAGCGCCAACAAGCUCCACCGCACACACACCAACCGCUUCUGGUGGAGUCCGCAACGCCUUCUCACCGUCAUGACAGCUGCAACCUCUAUCAUCGUACUGAAGCCGCAACACGUGGCAUCGCCAGCACAGGACAUGCGCCUGUGCCAGUGGGAGCCUUGUCCUCAAUUCUGCCUCGACCGCAACACAUACCUCACACACUGGGAUUCAGGCGCGCGCGAGUGCACUCUGCCGCCAGGCGCAGCAGGCGAGCUCACCGCAACCCCUGCCACAUCGACACUCACGUCAAGCGACACCAUCAGCACCUUGGCGCCGCUCGCGGCCUCGGCCAACAACACUAUCCUCGCCAACCACACGCCCAUGUUCGAGGGGACGUCCUCCGACAACAACUUCAGUAUCCCCGUUGGCAGGGCCGCCACGGCUGGCCUGGCUGCAUCCGCGGUUGUUCUCCUCUGCUGUUGUUGUUGUAUCUGCUCUGCUGUCGGUAUCAGGCGCUUCCUGGACUGCUGUUGUUGCUGGCGUCGCCGUCACCACGACCGCCACCGCUACGGCCAACCCUUGGCCCCCUACCCGUACGCACCCAACGUCGUUCCCGCGCCAGCAUACGUGAUGCAGGGUGGCAUCCCCAUGGCGUAUCCUGAACACGGCCGCCGCCGCCGCCGCCGCCAACGCAGAUUCGCCUUCUAUGGCGAUGGUGAUGUCGAUGAUGUCGACGACUGGGACGACGAAGAUGAUGGCGGUCGUCGUGGUGGUCGUCAGCGACAACAACAGCGGCAAAGGCGGCGCGGGCGCAGGCGUGGGCGUGAUGGUGAUGGUGAUGACAGGCGACGGCAACGACGAGAUGAGGAUGAUGAUAAUGAUGAUGAUGAUGAUGAUGAUGAUGGUGACAGACACGGCGACAGCAAGCAUAGAGGUGAUGGUGUCGAUGACGAUGGUGGCAGCAGCAGUGCCCGUGGUCGCAGAAGGAAAAGGAGGUUUCAGCUGCGCCGUCUGCGUGGUCAUGCUGAUGGCACCAACAGGCAUGAUGAUGAGGGUGGUGAUCAGCUUGGUGGCAAUGUGGGCCUCCGUGUCGACGACGGUGACAGCCCACGCAGCCACCGCUCAUCUCUCCUCUCCAUUGAAUUGGCUGCUCACGACCUGCCCCUCACUGACUGCAGCAACGGCGCCAGCAGCGAUGAUGACGGCGACCGUGGUGGUCAUGACGACACUGAAGACGCCAAUGCUAUACAUGGCACCCGAGCUGGCGACGGCAUGUACCGAGUGUCGGCGCUAAUGAAUACAGAGAAUCUCGACAUGCGAGGCGUGACACCAGAGGACGAUGAAGACUGGACAUCAGUGUCACCGCACUACGUUCCACCGGGCACGACUGCCGAAAUCGCUCCUGCCCCGUCAUCCUCCCUGUUUUCGCACCACGACCAGCUCGCCCCCGGGCAUGUGCAGGAGCCACGACGGAACUACCACCAACAGCACCCGCACCCCGUAUCCACGGCAGCAUCGCCAACGGAGUCACCGCCGUCAUCGCCACAUCUGGCAGGCGCACCCUACGUAACACUGAAGAAGCACCCGUCAUCUCCACCCCCAACAGCAACAGCACCGCCAUUGCCAUCAGCACCACCGGCAACAUUCGCAACAGCAUCGUCAGCAACAGCGCAAGCAGAAGCAGCAGCAAGGCACGCCCAGCAGUUGCUACACAAGCCUGGCCGGCAGCCAAAGAUUACAAGCAGCAUGAGCGACACCCACGCCACACGCGCUGCCGUCGUCCGUAACGGCGGGCAUGAAGAAACCCACACCACGCAACGUGGUGAGCAGUGGGGUGCGACGCAUCUACAAAGGAGUGAGAGUGUCUGCAGUCCCCCGCAGGCCACACGCUCACCCCACCGCGACCAUCACAGAGCGCAGGCACGUGCUGCAGAGGAAGAACGGCGACAGCGCGGUUUCAGUGUGAGGGAAGAUGAGGAGAAUGUCAUUGGUGGUCGUGGAGGCGAUGCUGGUGAGAGCAGCUGCGGCGACAGCACAUUCGGCGUGCAUGGGUCGCCCGCGCGCGUGGUCCGGACAAUGGAGUGGAGCGAGCCGCCAGUGCUGGUGUGGGACCUGCGCAACAAGGGCGGUGACCGGGCGGCGGAGGUGCAGCAGGUGCGCGAAUUCAACCGCAGAUACCCGGGACGUGGUGUUCGAGAUGGUGGCGAUGUGAUGGUGACAAGCGAUGAUGACAGAUCAGUAUCAUUGCAGAAUUCGGUGGGGUCGGGCGCAGGAUACAGCCGUGAUGGCGUUGGUGGUCGCGUUGACGGCCAUGCUGACGUCAUAUCAUCGAGUGACAGCGACCAGUGGGACACAUGCGCAACCACUGCCACUGCUCGCCAACAACAACAACAACAACAACAACAACAACAACAACAACAACAACAACAACAACAACAACAACAACAACAACACCAACAGCAGCAGCAGCAGCAGCAGCAGUCCUCAUCAGCAGAUUCAUCGCAGACGUCACUGUACCUGUCUUCGUGCGCAUCCUCACCCAUCAUGGCUACACAGUCAGCACCGGCAGUCUCGAGCAACAUUGCAGCUGCACUUGGCGCAGAUCGCUGGUCACACCGCGUCAACCCACGUGUCCCGCCACGCAUGCGCCACGCCAGCGACGAUUGGGAUGAGGAGUAUGGAGACGAUGACGAUUACGAUGGCGAGUAUGAUGGGUAUGCUUACAGUGAAGAGUAUGAUGGGUACGAGGACGAGGAGCAUGAAGGUGAAGGCGAUUGUGACCACAGCUACGAGGACGAGGAGGACGAGGAGUACGAUGAGCAGGACUACGAUGAGCGUGGUGGGCUGCCUGAAUUCUCCUCGGCCCUGUCCGUGCAACGCGUUGGUCGCCGUAUGGCACAACCACGCCCACGCAGGCACAGCCGCAACCACAGCAACAGCAUCGGCAGCAGCACGAGUGCACGACGCCGUGGUGGUGGUGGUGGUGGUGGUGAGAAGAGGGGUGGUGGGGGCUUUGGUGUGCAGGGGAGAGGCGAGCACGGCGCGAGAGACGUGGUGUUUCUGGAUAUGAGCGCAGCAGUGGAGGGUGAUGCCGGCGCUGCUGAAUCGAACGCAUGAGAAUAUCUCGCGACAUUCGGGCAUGUUGUUCCUUCCCUCUUUCAUGCGUUCACUGAUUGCGUUGCAUGGGCGUUAGGAUGACUUGCACUGGCUCGUGUGUUUGUUUCAAUUGUUGUGUUUAAACUGUACAUGAUGGACUGAAAAAGAGAAGAAACGGCCUCUUGCAUGGAUACAAAAUCGACGAC